AAUGGGUGAGGGCCGACAUCCGGGCAACUGAGCUACAUACGGGUUCUUCGAGCCAUAGCAACGAGACUGGCGUUGAAAACAAACCGUCGUCAUUACUCUUUAACCUGUCGACCUACGCUGGUUAAACCCGUCAUUCUGCCUCCAAAAUGCCGAAAAACGGUGUUGUUUUUGGUUGUGCUAACCACAACCGGAAACAGGGAAAACAAAGGUUGUAUUUUGUUCUGCCAAAGCGUGAUAAAAGCCCACAGAGACGAGACAAAUGGCUCGCAGCUUUACACCGGGAAAACGAAGACGGUUCUCACUGGAGUCCCCCAAAGUCCCGGGUCGUGUGUUCGGAUCACUUCGUUUCUGGCCAGCUGCGUGUUGUUGAUGGGCAGUCCCCGCAGAGAGCGCAUGUGUGCAGGCUGAGUGAGAAGACCCCCGCCCUCCACCGUGUGAGACAAGCAGCGACAACAUGGCCGACAUGACCUCCAAGGCGCUGGAUGGGGGCUGGGGCUGGGCCAUCGUGGUGGCCUCCUUCCUGGCCCAGCUGCUGGCUUACGGCUCCCCGCAGUCGGUGGGCGUCCUGUACCCCGAGUGGCUGCACGCCUUCCAGGAGGGCAAGGGCAUCACGGCCUGGGUGGGCUCCCUGGUGGCAGGAGUGGGCCUCAUUGCCAGUCCCAUCUGCAGCGCCUGCGUGGACAACUUUGGCGCUCGCCCCGUCACCGUCUUCAGCGGCGUGAUGGUGGCGGGCGGCCUGAUGCUCAGCGCCUUCGCUCCCAGCGUCCACUUCCUCAUCUUCUCCUACGGGAUUGUCGUGGGUCUGGGCUGCGGUCUGGUCUACGCGGCCACGCUGACCAUCACCUGCCAGUAUUUUGACAAGAGACGCGGCCUGGCUCUGGGCAUCGUCACCACAGGCACCAGCGUCGGCGCCUUCAUCUACGCCACCGCUCAGAACGAGCUGAUCGUGCUCUACGGCCUGGACGGCUGCCUUCUAAUCAUUGGAGCUCUGGCGCUGAACCUCAUGGCCUGCGCUGGCUUCAUGAGGCCCCUCAACAUGCCGGGCUACUACCUCAAGCAGAAGGCGGCUCUGGAGCGCAACACGGAGGAGCAGCUCUUCGAGAAGCCCCAGUUGGACGAGCUGAAGAUCGGAAACGGGUCCACCACGUCCGCUCAGGAGAAAAGUCUGAUGGUGAAGGAGCUUCUCAUCACCAUUGACGGCAAAGACUCCGCCAUUCAGGUGGAGAAGAGAAGCAGCCUCCUGGCUCGGUUGGGCAUCAUGAAAGUGAUCAAGAAGAAGAAGCAGGCCUACUCCAAGUACAUGCACUCCAUGUAUGAGAUUCUGCAGAACCAAGCCAUGGUGGCCUUCUGCAUUGCGGUCUUCCUGUUCAGCCUGGGAGCGUUCCCUCCGGUGCUCUUCAUCGAGGACGUGGCUCAGAGCCAGGGACUGAUCGAAGAAGUCAGCGUCAUUCCUCUGGUGUCCAUUGGGGCCAUAGCAACCUGCGUGGGCAAACUGGUGCUGGGUAUCAUGGUGGACAUCAGGUGGAUCAAUAGCAUCUAUUUGUAUGCCUUCACCAUGUUUGCUGGUGGUGCCGUGCUGCUGCUCAUCCCCAUCACCAAGAGCUACAUUGGACUGCAGAUCCUCUGCGCCGUCCUGGGCUUCUUCUCAGGAAACUGGUCCAUCACCUCUUACAUAACCACGAAGAUUGUUGGCUUGGACAGACUCACACAAGCCCACGGAAUUGUCAUGUUCUUUGGCGGGUUUGGGAUCAUGCUCGGACCUCCUGUUGUUGGGUGGUUCUUUGACUGGACCCAGUCUUAUGACAUGGCGUUCUACUUCAGUGGGAGCAGCGUGCUGCUGGGAGCGCUGGUCUUCUCCGUGCUCACGCUUCCCUGCUGGAAGACCAAGCCGUCCGAGAAGGACAGACCGGACGUCCAAUACACCAGCAACUGCAACAAAGUGGCCUCGGUGGCGUGAAUACGAGCACAUUUUGGUUAGCACUGCAAUCCAAACACUCUUGCUAUUAGCGACGGUCAUACCUGCAGCAACUCUGACUACACCGGGGUUCGCCCCGAUAACUGCUGCCAGGUUCCAAUGCACCAAAAACACUUUCCAAGGGAAAUCCGGGCCGCCUCCUUUUAAACCGAGCCUGCGUUUCUCAGGUCCAUGCCAAUCACACGCACUGCACAUCCACCCCGCUGCCUGUGCCGCGCUUAUUUUGUAGCCUCAUUUUACGAGGUGGCCAAACAAUAUAUACUGUAACCUUGCCAAAUGGCCGCUCGGGUCUGGAAACUUGAAACCACUGAAAAUGCACAAAAAGACCCUUUGAAAAUUCACACACUUUAAAUACAUUUUUGUAUUGAUUUUUCGUCUGUAUUGUCUUAAUGACUCCGUGUGUAUUACCAAAGUAUCAAUAGUUCAUGCCUGUCAACUCGUAACAAUCGUUGGAAAAGUACUUUGGUUUUUUUAUGUUAUGUGCGGUAGAAAAUGGAUGGCUGUAUGUACAAUGACUGGUCACAACAUUGGGUACACCGCCACUAAGCACAUGUCUGUUGUGCUUAGUUUAGGUCCUACAUGCAGUAUGCAGGUGUGCCUCAUGUUGCCAUCUAGUAAUGAUCAGUUUGCAUACUUGCCAACCUUGAGACCUCAGAAUUAGGGAGAUAUUCAAAAGGCCUGCUGAGGGGUGUGUGUGUAUGUAUUUAUAUAUAUAUACAUAUAUACAGAGGUGGGUAGAGUAGCCAGAAAUUGUACUCAAGUAAGAGUACUGUUACUUUAGAGUUUUAUUACUCAAGUAAAAGUAAGGAGUAGUCACCCAAAUAUUUACUUGAGUAAAAGUAAAAAGUAUGUUGUGAAAAAACUACUCAAGUACUGAGUAACUAAUGAGUAACCUGCUCGUUUAAUGAUGACGGCAACAAAUAAUGCACAAAAACAUAAAAAUAGCAAUGAGCAAAUUCAGAGCCAGGAAUAUCUCUUAAGAAACUAGAACAAUAAUAUAUAUUAAAUAAUAAUACAUUAACAUAAAAAAAAAUUAAGGCAAAUUGAGCCACAAUAACUUAACAGCACCAUAGGCUCAGUAGGCAAAGAUUACAAAGGAAAAUAACAAGUUAGCCUUUACGCAAACCAUAAACUGAUAGGUGUGGGCUGCACCUGAGAACACACUGUGCACUUCUGAUUGGUGUUUGUAUGCAUGCGUGAGUGUGUGUGUGUGCGUGUGUCUGUGUGUGUCUAUGAGGCUGCAGUGCAUUAAUAAAUGUCCCCACACGAUGUACUUUUGACAGUGAUUCAUAGCAGGGAAGCUAACAUCAGCCUACGGUGACAGCCAAAAUAUCUACUAACGUUACUUACCGCCAUGUGCUUCCUCAAAUUUGACAUUGAGUUCAUGUAAGCUUAAGCUUGUUGUUGUUUUGCCGCUGAAACUUUAUGUUUAAGUUUCAGCGGCAGUCACAUGACCAGGCGGUCAAACGUCACCAGUGACUGCAUCUGAUUGGUGAAACGUAGGCAUGCGAUAGAUCCUACUUUGAAGGUCUGUCUGACAAAGCAAAACAAACAAAGCGUGCAUUAACAGAUGGAUAAAAAUCAGUAGCGAGUAGCGAGCUGAAUGUAGAUAAAUGGAGCGGAGUAAAAGUAGCGUUUCUUCUCUAUAAAUAUACUCAAGUAAAAGUAUGUUGCAUUAAAACUACUCUUAGAAGUACAAUUUAUCCCAAAAGUUACUCAAGUAGAUGUAACGGAGUAAAUGUAGCGUGUUACUACCCAUAUAUAUAUAUAUAUAUAUAUAUAUAUAUAUAUAUA